AUGGAGGUUUUUCUUCGAAAUCUACCCGUUCAUCUGGCAGACCGGGGUCUAGAAAAGCAACUUCAACCGUUCAUGGAACAGCUAUCCAUCAAGGAGUACUUGGUUGAGAAACAAAGGAAAACAACGACAGGGCGCAUCACGUUUCGCCACGAGGCCGAGGGUGCGGAAUUCUUGAGGCAUUAUGGAGAAGAACCAAUCCAUCCGACUCGCUCUCAGGCCUUUCAGCUGCGCAAGCCCAAACACCCACCGACGCAAGCCCGUCUGGAGCUGAUGGGUCGGAAAGUCUAUUGCAAACCCAGUGACAGGAAGCCCGAUGAAAUCGUACUUAAGGCCAUCGAACAUGAAGCCAGCCAGCGCGCCUACGAUGAGGCGGACGCGGAGAAGCCGACCAAGACGCUCCAAGCCACCGAGUUGAGUUGUGGCCACCACGCCUUUACCCACGGGAGGCUGACAUUCAACGCCGAAUGGACUGUUAUUGAGCCUUGUCAUGUCAAGUUUGCUCGGAGAUACCUCAUCAUUACUCUGACCAGAUGCAAAGUCCAGCUUCGCAUUUUGUACCAGAGCAUCGUCGAGCUUCUCUGGCGUCAGAACGGUAGCGCCACAGUCAUUCUCUAUUGGGCACCGACCAUCUUGGAACUGGAACACACGGGCUAUGAGUUGAUUUCCAGUUUCUUGCACAAUCGAAAGUCGGCACCCUCACGUCAAAGGCUCGAUGCUAUCGACCGCGACCACGCCCGCAUAUCUCCCUACUGCUUAGUUUAUCACUUCCUUGUGCCUGUCCCCAUUACCGGACACGUCAUGAACGACUUUGAGGUAGAGAUGCUGAGGCUCACUCGCGAGGAGCUCUUUCCAGUCACCCGCUACGAGUUCGGUUUCCAACAAGCAGCCGAGUUGCCAUUUGCGGACGCGGCGGCACGCCUGCAGAACCAGCUCGACCAGCACCAUCGCGCCAACUCAUUACCAUUUGACCUGCUGUUUCUCCUCCAGGCCCUCAUGACAAACGGGUACCUUCAUCCGACUACCAUCUCUGCCCUGGCUCAAAGGUUAAUCCAGCGCUUCGAGGCGGCCAGGAAGACAGGGGGCCCGCCUCCCGUCUCUGUCGAUGCUUUCAAAAAGCUCUUUGACUGGAUCGACUACCCGAGUCCCUACGGAAACCCGGACAUGUUUGAAGUGGACGGUAUUAUGGCAUACCUAGAAGAGUCUGAGUCCCUCGUUCGGGAGGGCGCUUCCCCAAGAGCAAGGAUAUUCGAGGAAACCCAGGACAGGACUCGCAUCUUUAGAGUGGUUGUCACGCCGACCAGCGUCCUGCUUCACGGCCCAGAGCUUGAACCUAUGAACCGUGUCCUCCGAAAGUUUCCGAACCACUCAUACUUCAUCAGGGCGCAGUUCUGUGACGAGGCUGGUAAUGACCUCUUUUUCAAUUCCAAGGUCUCGCUCGACCGCAUUUACAAUCGAUUCAAAUCCAUCCUGUCAGAUGGCAUACAGAUUGCGGGCAGAGUCUAUAAGCUCCUGGGUUUCUCUCACUCGUCUCUCCGUGCCCACUCAGCAUGGUUAUCUGCACCCUUCUUUCAUCAAAACCAGCGCCACGGUCCUGACUUCAUCAUCGAGACUCUUGGCGACUUUAACGACAUCAGGUCGCCAGCCCGACGAGCUGCCCGCAUUGGCCAAGCCUUUUCAGAGACGCCUUGGGCCCUUGACCUGGACGAGUACGGGAUUCAGGUCUCGAGAAUCCCCGACGUUGAGCGGAACGGGCGCGUCUUCAGCGAUGGGAUCGGGACGAUUUCUCAUGAUGCCCUCAGUGCCGUAUACAAAGUUAUUCCCAAGUCCAAGGGGUUCCCGACUUGCCUCCAGAUUCGCUGGGCCGGAGCCAAGGGAAUGUUGGCUUUGGAUCCGCUCUUGGAGGGUCGCCGGAUAUGCAUCCGCGACUCCAUGAUCAAGUUUGCGAGCAACGACAAGCAGCUCGAAAUCUGCGACAUGGCGUCCAGACCUAUGCCCAUGGUCCUGAAUCGUCAGCUCAUCAAGAUUCUCGAAGACAUGAAGGCGCCCGACGAGUGGUUUCUGAACCUCCAGAGCACCGAGCUUCAGAGAUUGCGAGGCAUUUCUGCCACGGUGUACAACACGGCCAGCUUCAUCAGGAUGCAGAAGGUUGCCGAGAGCAUUAAACUACACGAUUUCCUCCGCCAGACGGAGGCCAUGGGCAUCGACUACAGACAAGAUAGCUUUCUUCGCGGCGCUGUCGAGAUCAUCUUGCUCCGCGAGCUUCGCUUGCUCAAGCACAAGUCCCGUAUCCCUGUCCGCGAAGGAAUAACCCUUUUUGGAGUCAUGGAUGAAACAGGGUUUCUCAAAGAAGGACAAGUAUACGUGACGUUCGACACGGAAGAGGGCCGCUACGCUCAGCCCCCGGAACCCGGACCCCUCCUGGUUACCCGCUCGCCCGCAUUGCACCCGGGAGACUGGGGCUCCCGAGACCUCCCUAGCCAGCUCUCUGGCGGCGAUUUGGAUGGCGAUGUGUUCCACGUGAUUUGGGACCCCGAAGUGGUCGGCGCCUUGACGACCUAUCAGCCUGCUGACUAUGGGCGAACCACACCCCCGGAGCUCAACAGGCCUGUUACCUUGGCGGACAUAGCGUCCUUUUUCGUCGACUUCAUGAAGACUGACCAGCUUGGGGUGAUUGCUAUCCGUCACAUGAUCCUAGCUGAUCAGAAGGAAGAUGGUACACGGGACCAGAACUGUAUCGCGCUUGCCGAACUACACUCUUCGGCCUGGAGGCCAGACUUCCUCGCCCCAGGACCGUCGAUCACGGUGCAUGACAAGUCAAACAUUUCUCUUGACGAUCACGUCGUACAGGAGGACAGUGACAGCGAGGACGAGGAGGGACAGCCUCGGUACGGAUACUACAAAUCGGAAAGGAUCAUUGGACAACUUUACAGGGCAGUCGACGAACGAAAAAUUUGGUCCAAGGACAUCAAGAUGAUCAUCAAGCCCAGGGGCCCGUCUUUCUGGGAUGAGAUGCUCGCGGCUCUCAAGCAACGGGUGAGCGAGAUAGGACCCGUCGAAUGGCGGCAUAGGUCGAAUCAGGCACUGGGAAUUCUUCACGCCUACGAAGACGCCAUUCACGGGGUCAUGGUCGACUUAGCAGACCAACCACACCAGCCCUUGACGGAACUGGAAGUCUUCGUCGGUUAUAUCAUCAACAAGCGUGGUGGCGUCCAAACUCCCCGACAGCGCGAUCGGUCUGUCAAGCUCAAGGACGAGUUCGAACGCAUUGCAACGUGGAUCACCCACGAAAUGCGCAACCCGCCUUCAGUCAGGGGCUAUACUAGUGAGUUGGAUGCGCUUGAACUCUGUCUCGCUUGUCUCUGUAUUGGCUGCGAAAAGAGAUCUCGGGAUACGCGCCCCAGACUUCGCAGUUCCGCUCGGAACCUUGAGAGCUUCAAAGUCGUAGCAGCCGCGACACUGAUACAAGAGCUGAGCGCUCUCCAAAAAAGGAGAGGUAUCAAGGAAUAUCUCCAUGACGGCGGCGAGAUUUUGGCAGCGAGAUUUCAGUAG